AUGGUUAAAAUAAUAUUUCUCCAUCCAGACUUAGGUAUUGGUGGAGCUGAGCGUUUGGUUUUAGAUGCCGCAUUGGCGUUCAAAAGUAAAGGCCACGACGUCGCUUUUUACACGAACCAUCAUGACCCUACUCAUUGCUUCGCCGAAACCAAAGAUGGCACUUUUCCAGUGACCGUGAUCGGGGAUUGGAUUCCACGCUCUAUUUUCGGCAGAUUUAAGGCAGCAUGCGCCUACACUCGAAUGGUAUUCGCUGCGGUAUAUUUAGCUUGGUAUGUUAUUCCAGUCGAAGAGCCGACUUUAAUAUUUUGUGACUUAAUAUCAUUAUGCAUUCCGUUCCUAAAAAUGGCAAGAGGGCCUUUUAGAAUUGUAUUUUACUGUCAUCAUCCAGAUAAGCUUUUGACAACUGAAGGAGGUGUGUUAAAGAAGAUAUACAGAGCUCCAUUGAAUUGGUUAGAAGAAUUCACAACGGCUCGUGCCGAUAAAGUUUUAGUGAAUAGUAAAUACACAGCUAGAGUAUACCAAGAUGCAUUUCAGAAAAUAAAAGAUGUUCCCGAUAUUUGCUAUCCAUCAAUAAAUACCGAGUUCUUCAAGAGAACUAUACCAAAAAGUUUAAAGGAAGUUGUGCCUGUUGGGACUGACAAGUUUGUUUUUUUAUCUAUAAACAGAUAUGAAAGAAAAAAGAAUUUAAAGCUAGCCCUGAAAGCACUCGCAGAGUUAAAAAAUAUUAUUGAUGAGUCUGACUGGGAGAGAGUUCAUUUGAUAAUGGCUGGGGGUUUUGAUCCUAUUAACUUAGAAAAUAUGGAACAUUUUAUGGAACUCAGUGACUUAGCGGCUGAUCUUGAAAUAGAGGAUAAAGUUACUUUUUUGAAAUCUCCAAAGGAUGUAGAAAAAGUGUCCCUACUUUACAAUUGUAAGGCAUUAAUAUAUACUCCAUCAAAUGAACACUUUGGAAUUGUGCCACUAGAAGCUAUGUAUUACAGUAAACCUGUCAUUGCUGUAAAUAGUGGAGGUCCUACAGAGACAAUUGUAAAUGAUGUUACGGGUUUCCUCUGUGAGCCAGACAGUCAGUCAUUUGCUGAUGCAAUGAGCACAUUGAUUAUGAAUCCGGAAUUAUGUGGGAGACUUGGUGAAGCGGGAAGGAAAAGAUUUGAAACCAAAUUCUCUUUUGAAGCCUUUUCAAAUCAAUUAGAUGGAAUUUUAACAAGGGAGAGGCAACUUAUCUCUGAGGCAAGAGCAAUUGAAUAUGAACAGAGGAAGACUAAAUAACAUAAUGCCAACACUCCGACAAUUUUUGAUAUUGUUUGAGUGUUAUUAAUUGUAAUCUUCUGUGAUAGCCUUCACUACAAGAGAGUUGAUAGAUAAAUUGUCCAGAUCUAUAUUCUAAAUUAAUUAAGUUCCGGUUUUUCUAUAUUUCAACACUCAUUUACCUUAUUUGUUAAUUAAUUAAGGCUGUAUUUUAACAUAUUUUCAAUCGGCUUUCUUAAAAAACUAAUAUUGUUAUUACCAUAUUUUUAUAGUUAUUGGAAUAAUUGUUUAUAUGUAUGUAUUAAUGAUUAGGAAACUAGAGUGAAUUUAUUUGAACUUUGUGAACUAACGACCUAUGUUAUGUUAUUAGCAUUAUAAUCUUGAUAAUAGUUACAGAAUUUGUAAAUAAAACUUGCAAUUAAAAAAAUAUUAGACAGUUUAAUGAUAAAAAACAAAGAUAAAAUAAUAAAAAUAUUUUUAAUCAUGUCAUAAGAAAGUUGCUGUUUGUGCAAGUAAAUAAGUAAUAAUAAUAAAAUCAAUAUUUUUUCAUACAAA